AUGAAGGCUAGCUUGUGGCCAAAGCCAUAUAUAGCAAGUGUCCCUGCUUUCUGCCCUAAGACUGGAGACGAGAAGCAAGUGGAUGUGGCUAUGUUUUUGCCACAUGAGAUGAUUGCUGCCCUCCUCAGGGUGAAUGAAGGCAUGGAUAUUCUCAGGUUGCAAGAAGAAGAAUUGAGCAACAGAAGAGACAUACAGGAGCACUUGGAGGCCUUCAAGAAUGAGUUCAGAGUAGACAAUGUCCUAGCUUUGGGAUUGUGGGUCGAUGGUGUGCCAUACAGUCAUGAUCGAACACAGUCUGUCGAGUGUGUCACCUUGAACCUCCCAGCAAUCAGCCAGCAUUUGGCUGACUUGAGGCUCCCACUGCUAGCCUUUCCAAAGUUCUUUUUGCAGAAAGGUGCCACAUGGGACAGUGUCUUUUCCAUUUUGGCUUGGUCAUUUAGAUGUUUGCUCUUUGGCAAGUGGCCCCUCCAGAGACAUUGUCAGAGCCCUUUCUUGGAUUCAGAUUCCGAGAGAAGGAAGAUGGCUGGGCGGGACAUUGGUCUUCUGGCUUGCCUGGCAGAGCUCAGAGGGGAUUGGGCAAUGUUCAAAGAUACAUUGAAUUUGCCUGGAUGGCAGGGCAAGGGACCCAUUUGCCACAAAUGCAACUGCACCCUGACUGAGCUCCACCAGGUCUCCAUGGAUGCCCCUUGGAGGUCGCACAUUCUUUCCCAUGAUGAGUUCGUGGCCAGGGAGAGGGCCAGUGGAAAGAGGCUAUGCAAUUUGUUUUCGAGCCCAGGAUUCAGGAACAGCUGCAUAAAGCACGAUUGGUUGCACUGUGUCGAUUUGGGAGUUGGGGCCGACUUCCUGGGAGGAACUUUUCAGUAUUUAGUGGACUCCUACUUCGAAGGGCCAUCCAAGAAGGCCAGAUGCCUUGCCCUUUUCAAGGAGAUCCAGGAAUAUUACAAAGAGACCAAUGCUGAAAGCAGACUCCCCACACUCACUCCUGGCAUGCUGACCAAAGAGAAUAAGAAGUCGAACAAGAAGUCCUGGCCUAAGCUCAGGGCAAAAGCUGGAGAGGCCAGAGCUUUGAUUAGCUUCUGUAGACAAGCAGUGCACAAGUAUUGUCUUAAGGACACAGAAUUCGAGAGCAGGCUCAGACAGGCAGCUACAAGCCUGGAAGCUUGCUAUGCCCUUUUGAGUGCUUCACAGUGGACUCUGGCCAAAAUGCAGACCAGAGCCAGGAAGUUCGCUUUUUACUUCCUGGCCCUCACAAACUGUGAGGGAAAAAAGGUGCUGAAGACUUGGGUGUCAGAGUGCUGCACAGCUCAGCUUUGA